AUGAAGGAAGGAGGAGGGGAAGAGAUGGAUAAAAGUGUGUUUAAGGGAGAGGUGAAGAGGAAAAUGGAUGAAGAAGAGGAGGGAAGGAAGAAAAUGAUGAAAAUGGAACUAGUAAAGAAGGGAGAAGAAGAAGAAGGAGUAGACAGAAGUUCGAUAAAAGGAGAAAGUUUUGAAGAUUAUUUUUUUCAAGAACGCUCGAACAUUUUUGAAGUUUCUGGUCAAAUAGUGAAAGAUGGAGACACAGAACACCACAGAACACCGCCACCACCAGAACACAGCCACAGGAAGGUGAAACGUGCCACAGAACACAGCAGAACAUCACCACCACAAGAACACAGCCACAGGAAGGCGAAACGUGCCACAGAACACCGCAGAACAUCACCACAACCAGAACACAGCCACAGGAAGGCGAAACGUGCCACAGAACACCACAGAACAUCACCACAACCAGAACACAGCCACAGGAAGGUGAAACGUGCCACAGAACACCGCAGAACAUCACCACCACAAGAACACAGCCACAGAAAUGCAGAAGAAAUUAACAGAAAGGUAAAAUAUGCCACAGAACACCACAGAACAUCGCCACCACCAGAACACAGCCACAGGAAGGCGAAACGUGCCACAGAACAGCUGCGAACAUCACUGGUACAAGAACACAGCCUCUACAACAGAAGGUGGCUGGCAGAACAUGCGAACAACAUCCCAACACCAACCAGAACACUCGUCAAGCACACUGUCCUGAGAGCCAACAGGGACGGCACUGUGGCAAGGCUCUGCUAUGCCACCGAACGCCAGAACCACAUGCUGGCCCUCUGUGGCGGUGGUGGUGGUGCUGGUGGUGGUGGAGGGUGUUUGGAAAGGCCUAGAUAUUUGACGGAACACCACCACCACCACCAGCAGGAUCAGGAGCAAGAUCAGCAGCGACAAGAAGAAAUGCAGCAAGAUCAGGAGGAGGAACAGCAAGAUCAGCAGUGUAAGUCCAGUGUUGUAUGUGGUGUAGGCAAUGGAAUACUGCUAGAACAACAACAACAACAACAAAACAACAACAACAACAAUCAGAAUCAAUGCAAGACAGUGUUCGGACAGUCAGACAUUACAAGAACAACAACAAGAACAACAAGAACAACUAGAAUUGAGACGAGAUAGUGUUUCAGGUGACAAAGUAUUACAAAAUUUGCCAAAGAGUGUUGUGGAGGGUGAAAUAUUGCAAGAACAACAACAAGAACAGUUUGGCUUGCAUGAAAGUGUUCUAGAUGUCAAAAUGUUGCCAAAAGAACAGAGAGAACAGUUUAAGUUGCCAAAUAGUGUUGUGGAGGGUGAAAUAUUGCAACAACAACAAGAAGAACAGGAACAAGAACAGUUUGGCUUGCAUGAGAGUGUUCCAGAUGUCAAAAUGUUGCCAAAAGAACAGACGGAACAGUUUAAGUUGCCAAGUAGUGUUGUGGAGGGUGAAAUAUUGCAAGAACAACAAGAAGAACAGUUUGGCUUGCGUGAGAGUGUUCUAGAUGUCAAAAUGUUGCCAAAAGAACAGAGAGAACAGUUUAAGUUGCCAAGUAGUGUUGUGGAGGGUGAAAUAUUGCAAGAACAACAAGAAGAACAGGAACAAGAACAGUUUGGCUUGCGUGAAAGUGUUCUAGAUGUCAAAAUGUUGCCAAAAGAACAGAGAGAACAGUUUGAAUUGCCAAAUAGUGUUGUGGAGGGUGAAAUAUUGCAAGAACAACAAGAAGAACAGGAACAAGAACAGUUUGGCUUGCGUGAAAGUGUUCUAGAUGUCAAAAUGUUGCCAAAAGAACAGACGGAACAGUUUAAGUUGCCAAGUAGUGUUGUGGAGGGUGAAAUAUUGCAAAAACAGGAACAAGAACAGUUUGGCUUGUGUACGAGUGUUCUAGUGUGUGAAGGACUGGAGAACAUGGAAGAACAGGGAAGAAAUGAAGAACGGGAAGGAGAAAUGGAGGAUAAAACAGUGAUACAAGAAGAAAAAGUACAUAAUUUUGAAGAACACGCCAGAAAAAUGGAUGUUAUUGAUGACAGAACAGCAAAGGAAGGAGAAGAACAAGAGAACAAGAUACGGAACGAAAAUUUGGCGCCAAAACGGAAAAAAGAAAA